ACUCACCAUUAACGCCAACUGUCCCAUGAACCUACAUGACUUCCCCAUGGACACCCAGCGCUGCCCCCUCAAGCUUGGGUCCUUCGCCUACACCACGCAGGAUGUCAUCUACAGGUGGAACGAGAAUCGGCAGGUGGUGAUUGCCUCAGACCUGAUGCUCUCACAGUUCGACCUCAUAGCCACACCCUCUGGCUUUGAGAACACCACGCGCAGGGCAGGGGAGUUCUCAACCCUGCUGGCCAGCUUCCACCUACAGCGCCACAUGGGUAACUUCAUGAUCACGGUGUAUGGGCCGUGUGUCCUGCUGGUGGUGCUCUCCUGGGUGUCGUUCUGGCUCAACAGAGAGGCCACCUCCGACCGUAUCUCUCUAGGUAUAACGACGGUGCUGACGAUGACUUUCUUGGGGCUGGAGGCGAGGACUGACCUGCCGAAGGUGCCCUAUUCUACCGCCCUUGACCUUUUUGUGUGGCUCUCCUAUGGGUUCAUCUUCGCAACCAUCAUCGAGUUCGCCUUCGUGCACGUCUUCACAAAGGUCGGGUCUGGUGAGGUCUACCUGUCGGAGGCCAGCUCAGAGUUCGACUCAGAUGAGGAAGAAGAGGAGGAUGACGAGGAACCAGAUACGGAGCCUGUAGCAGUGUGCAUGACGGUGACUCAGAGGGGCCUGGCUGGGUCCCCUUCAACGGGGCCCAACGGUGUGGGAACCUCAAAACCCAGGGCAUCCCUCACUAUGGGGUCCAAGUCGUCCUUCUUCACCAGGCUGGCCAGGCUGUGUGGCAGAGGCGGCAAGGGAAGCACACCGGCCACUCCUGUCAACACCAUAGACCAUCUCAAGAAGGCGCGGAGGGCUGAGCAGCGGCGCCAGCAGGCGGUAGCGGCGGCAGUGGCAGCGGUUGUAAAAGAGGAAGAAGAAGAGGAGGAGGCACGUCGCUGGAAUCAAGGCCGACGGAGCAAGAAGAAGACCACCACCACCACCACCACCACCACCACCACCACCACCACCAACAAGCUCCUGCAGAUGAACUCAGUCUCCAACAUAGACGAGAUCUCCAGAGUGCUCUUUCCUCUCUCCUUCCUCUGCAUCAACUUCCUCUACUGGUACACCUUCCUCUCCUACAACCCCUGGCCUCAGAAUUACCUGUAGACCAGUAGUGACUUGUGUUAUGGGAACUAUUUCCUCGUAAAUCAGGUAAAUCCCACCAUAGACACGACUUGUAGCAUUUAAGAACCAACGUUAACACUUAACUAUUUUCUCCCAACAUUGCUUAUAACAUUUCAGGACUAAUUGUCUCUUAAUAAAGACUAAUCACUUCUUGUCAGCUCUGGGUUACAACAGGUCACACUCAAUGGUAAAACAGACAGACAUAUCAGAUAUAUUUCCUUAACUAUAAUAAGAUUUACAACACUUCCAGGAGUUAGCAGACAACAAAUAAUAUCCCUCUCAGUACACGUCCACCUACACCCAGGGCUACCCAGCACACGUCA